AUGGCAUUUUCAACUCAAACACCUACAAUUGUUGUGUUAAAGGAAGGUACUGAUACCUCUCAAGGUAAAGGACAAAUCUUAACUAAUAUCAAUGCCUGUUUAGCCAUUCAAGAUACAUUAAAACCAACAUUGGGACCAUUUGGAUCAGAUAUUUUGAUUGUUGGAUCUAAUGGCAAAACCACAAUUUCAAAUGAUGGGGCCACUAUUUUGAAAUUAUUGGAUAUUGUCCAUCCUGCGGCACAAAUGCUUGUUGAUAUCUCCCGAUCUCAAGAUGCUGAAGUUGGGGAUGGUACUACAAGUGUUACUUUGUUAGCAGGUGAAUUGUUAAGAGAAGCUAGAUCAUUCAUUGAAGAUGGAAUCAACUCACAUUUAAUUAUUAAAGGUUAUAGAAAAGCAUGUGAAUUAUGUAUUGAAAAGAUUGAUCAAUUGGCUAUUGAUAUAAAUAAAGAAAAUCCAGAAGAAUUUAGAAGUUUAUUGGAAAAAUGUGCCACUACAGCCAUGUCAAGUAAAUUGAUUAGCAAUAAUUCUAAAUUUUUCACAAAAAUGGUUGUUGAUGCCGUGAUGAGUUUGGAUUCAGAAGAUUUGGAUGAGAAUUUAAUUGGUAUUAAGAAAGUCCCUGGUGGUUCUAUGGAAGAUUCAUUAUUUGUCAAUGGUGUUGCAUUUAAAAAGACUUUUUCCUAUGCUGGGUUUGAACAACAACCAAAAUAUUUCAAAGACCCAAAGAUUGUUUGUUUGAAUGUUGAAUUGGAAUUAAAAGCAGAAAAGGACAAUGCUGAAGUCAGAAUUGAUCAAGUUAAAGACUAUCAAGCCAUUGUUGACGCUGAAUGGCAAAUCAUUUUCAAUAAAUUGGAAGCUAUCCAUAAAACUGGUGCCAAUAUUGUUUUGUCAAAAUUACCAAUUGGUGAUUUGGCUACGCAAUAUUUCGCUGAUAGAAAUAUAUUCUGUGCCGGUAGAGUCAGUUCGGAUGAUAUGGACAGAGUCAUUCAAGCUGUUGGUGGAUCUAUCCAAUCAACUUGUUCCAAUAUUACCCCAUCUGACUUGGGAACCUGUGAGGUAUUUGAAGAAGUUCAAAUUGGUAAUGAAAGAUAUAACCUUUUCAAGGGAUGUCCUCAGGCUAAGACAUGUACUUUAAUAUUGAGAGGUGGUGCCGAACAAGUAAUUGCUGAAGUUGAACGUUCAUUACACGAUGCUAUAAUGAUUGUUAAACGAGCCGUUGUAAAUCACACUAUAGUAGCUGGUGGUGGUGCUAUAGAAAUGGAAUUGUCUAAGUAUUUGAGAGAUUACUCAAGAACCAUUGCUGGUAAACAACAAUUGAUCAUUGCUGCUUUUGCAAAAGCGUUGGAAGUUAUCCCAAGACAAUUGUGUGAAAAUGCUGGGUUAGAUGCCAUUGAAUUGUUGAAUAAAUUAAGAAGUGCUCAUGCAAAGGGUGAAACAUGGUAUGGUAUAGAUUUCCAAAUGGAAAAUAUUGGUAAUAAUUACAAGAAUUUCAUUUGGGAACCUGCAUUAGUUAAGAUUAAUGCAUUGAGUUCAGCCUGUGAAGCCGCAACUACAUUAUUAUCAGUUGAUGAAACCAUUCGAAAUGAUGAACAAGAACAAGCUCAAGGUGGUGCUCCACCUCAAGCUAGAGGUAGAGGUGCUUUUUAA